AUGCGAGAUCUGCAUUCUGGUACGAAAUCACCAAGAAGAUAUUACAAUACUGGUCGACUACCUCAAACCUCGUCAAUACGAAUGGUAGCAACGAACAAUGAACAAUAUCAAUCACCUUUGAAACUAGAAGGCUGGCUGAAUGUCCAUCUGUAUCGUGGUUUGAGUAACACUGCAGAUCGAUCUGUAAAACUUUUAAGACAAGGUGAUACAAAUGAGGCAAUAAAGUUUUGGGAAAGGGCACUUCUUUUCUUUGAAGAGUUGAACAAGCGUCAAAAUAUUUCAGAUAAAAAUAGAACUGAAGUGGAACAAUUGAAAGCUAAAUACAAAGAGCAUGAAGCACAAAUUAAUCAAAUAAAAUAA